AAGAUGAGGAAAAUGCGGACUCUUCUCGGCUUUGUGCAUUGCUGCUGCUGCUGCUUCUUGCUCCUCCUGCCUCCGCCGCUCCGGGUCAGCCUGGCAGCGGCCAAGCAGCUGCUGAGGUACCGGCUGGCCGAGGAGGGACCUGCCGACAUCCGCAUCGGCAACGUGGCCGCCGACCUGGGCAUCGUGACGGGCUCCGGAGAGGUGACAUUCAGCCUGGAAUCAGGCUCUGACUACCUCAAGAUCGAUAACAUGACCGGGGAGCUGAGCACCACGGAGCGGCGCAUCGACCGCGAGAAGCUGCCGCAGUGCCAGAUGAUCUUCGACGAGAACGAGUGCUUCCUGGACUUCGAGGUGUCGGUCAUCGGCCCCUCGCAGAGCUGGGUGGACCUCUUCGAGGGCAGGGUCAUCAUCCUGGACAUCAAUGACAACACCCCCACUUUCCCUUCCCCCGUCCUCACGCUCACCGUGGAGGAGAACCGGCCCGUGGGGACCCUCUACUUGCUCCCCACCGCCACCGACAGGGACUUCGGCCGCAACGGCAUCGAGCGGUACGAGCUGCUGCAGGAACCCAGCGGGGACGGGGGACGGCGCGGCGGGGGCGGCGGCGGCGGCGGCGGCGGCGGCGGCGGCGGCGGGGGCGGGGGCGGUGCUGCGGCGGCCGGCCCGGACAGCGCCCUCUAUCCCGGCGGCAGCAAGCGGAGGCAAGAGGCGGAGGCCCGCAGCAGCGUGUUUGAGCUGCAGGUGGCCGACACCCUGGACGGGGAGAAGCAGCCGCAGCUGAUCGUCAAGGGGGCGCUAGACCGGGAGCAGAGGGACUCAUACGAGCUGAGCCUGCGUGUGCGCGACGGCGGCGAGCCCGCGCGUUCCUCGCAGGCCAUCCUGCGGGUGCUGAUCACCGACGUGAACGACAACAGCCCCCGCUUCGAGAAGAGCGUCUAUGAGGCCGACCUGGCGGAGAACAGCAGCCCCGGGACCCCUAUCCUGCAGCUGCGAGCUGCCGACCUGGACGUGGGGGUGAAUGGGCAGAUUGAGUAUGUCUUUGGGGCAGCCACCGAGUCAGUGAGGCGGCUGCUGCGGCUGGAUGAGACCUCAGGCUGGCUCAGUGUCCUGCACCGCAUUGAUCGAGAGGAGGUUAACCAGCUGCGCUUCACUGUGAUGGCUCGAGACCGUGGGCAGCCCCCUAAGACAGACAAGGCCACAGUGGUGCUGAACAUCCGUGAUGAGAAUGACAACGUGCCCACCAUUGACAUCCGAAAGAUUGGGCGUAUCCCACUGCGAGACGGAGUAGCCAGCGUGGCUGAGGAUGUGCUGGUGGAUACCCCCAUUGCUCUGGUGCAGGUGUCAGACCGGGACCAAGGUGAAAAUGGUGUGGUGACCUGCACCGUGGUGGGGGAUGUGCCCUUCCAGCUCAAGCCAGCCAGUGAGGGUGAAGGGGAGCCGCAGAACAAGCGCAAGUACUUCCUCCACACCUCAGCCCCUCUGGACUAUGAGGCAGUGCGUGACUACAAUGUGGUGAUUGUAGCUGUGGACUCAGGCAGCCCCAGCUUGUCCAGCAACAACUCCUUGCUGGUGCGAGUCGCAGACACUAAUGACAACCCUCCUGUGUUUGGCCAGGCUGUGCUGGAGGUCUCUUUUCCAGAGAACAAUCUGCCUGGUGAGAGGGUAGCCACGGUGGUGGCCACAGAUGCGGACAGCGGCAAGAAUGCUGAGCUCACUUACUCCCUGGAGCCCUCGCCCCUCUCCUCGGAGUCACCAAACGGCAUCUUCAGCAUUGAUCCUGACUCUGGGGAUGUAUCUGUGCAGGUGGUGCUGGACCGUGAGCAGCGCGACACCUAUGAGUUCCAAGUGACGGCCCGAGACAAGGGGGUACCAUCACUGCAGGGCUCCACCAUGGUGGUGGUGCGGGUGGCGGAUCGGAAUGAUAACGAGCCACGCUUCAUGCAGGAUGUGUUUACUUUCUACGUGAAGGAGAACUUGCAGCCCAACAGCCCCGUGGGCAUGGUGACUGUGAUGGACUUUGACAAGGGGCGCAAUGCUGAGCUCAGCCUCUCUAUACAGCCCAGUGAACAUGGCCAGGAGACUGGCAUCUUCUCCAUUGAAAAUGACACAGGAACCAUCUACUCCACAGUCUCAUUUGACCGGGAGCAGCAGACCAGCUACACCUUCAAAGUGAAGGCGGUAGAUGGCGGCGAGCCAUCACGCUCAGCCACCGCUACUGUGUCCCUCUUUGUAAUGGAUGAGAAUGAUAAUGCGCCCACAGUCACCUUCCCCAGCAACAGCUCCUACACUGUGUUGCCACCCUCCAGCAACAUGCGCACUGUAGUGGCCACAGUGGUAGCCACUGAUGCUGAUACCGGCCUCAAUGCUGACCUCAACUACAGCAUUGUUGGAGGAAACCCCUUCAAGCUCUUUGAGAUUGAUCCAGCCAGUGGUGUGGUGUCACUUGUGGGCAAGCUGGCUCCCAAGCACUACGGCCUGCACCGCCUUGUUGUACAAGUGAAUGACAGUGGCCAGCCACCCCAGUCAACAACUGCCCUGCUCCACGUCUUCGUCAAUGAGAGCUUGUCCAAUGCUACUGUGGUGGAGAACCAGGUGGCACGCAGUCUCCACACACCCCUGGCCCAGGACAUUGCUGGCGAUCCCAGCUAUGAACUGAGCAAGCAGCGCCUCAGCAUUGUCAUUGGUGUGGUGGCUGGCAUCAUGACUGUCAUCCUCCUCAUUCUGGUGGUGGUCAUGGCCCGCUACUGCCGCUCCAAGGGCAAGCAUGGCUAUGAGGCUGGCAAGAAGGACCAUGAGGACUUUUUCACCCCGCAGCAGCAUGACAAGGCCAAGAAGCCCAAGAAGGACAAGAAAGGCAAAAAGGGCAAGCAGCCCCUCUACAGCAGCAUUGUCACUGUUGAGGCCUCCAAGCCCAAUGGGCAACGCUAUGACAGCGUGAAUGAGAAGCUCUCAGACAGCCCAGGCAUGGGCCGCUACCGCUCAGUCAAUGGUGGCCCGGGCAGCCCCGACCUAGCUCGGCAUUACAAGUCGAGCUCACCACUGCCCACCGUGCAGCUGCACCCGCAGUCCCCCACUGCUGGCAAAAAGCACCAGGCUGUACAGGACCUGCCCCCGGCCAACACCUUCGUGGGAGCUGGUGACAACAUCUCCAUCGGCUCGGACCACUGCUCCGAGUACAGCUGCCAGGCCGGUAGCAAGUACAGCAAGCAGCCAUUUCGUAGAGUGACGUUUUCUGUUGUGAGUCAGCCUCAGGACCCACAUCAAGGGUCAUUGCAGAGUUGCUAUGACAGCGGUCUGGAGGAGUCAGAAACACCAAGCAGUAAGAGUUCAUCAGGGCCAAGACUGGGUGCCCUUCCACUCCCAGAGGACAACUACGAAAGGACUACGCCGGAUGGCAGUGUUGGUGAGGCAGAGCAUAUGGAAAAUGAUUCAAGGCCUCUGCCAGAUGUAGCCCUGACAGGGAAGUGUACCCGAGAGUGUGAUGAAUAUGGCCACUCGGACUCCUGCUGGAUGCCAGUUCGCACGUCUCCUGAAAGAAAGCAGAAGAGCCAGCCAAAACUCUCCACGUUCAUGCCUGUUGAUGAACGGGGCAGUCAGGAAAAGCUGGCCAAUGGAGAAGCUUCCCUCAUGGGUGAUCGCAACAGAAACCUCCUUAACAAAAAGUUGACCUCAUCCUAUGAGACCUUCAGCGCCGCUAGUUUCAGCAAAAAAGAAGAAGGCAAUCCAGAAGAUAUCCCCCUUACGCAGACAGGGGAAUAUAAGCCAUCUCCUGUCAAUACUUUAACUAGAAGAGAAGUUUACCUGUAAGCUAAAAAGCAGCAACGAAUUUCUUUCAUGUUGUAAGCAAGAAAAGAGGGAAAAGUCUUAAAAUCAAAACAAUUUUAACAAAAUUAAGAAACAAAAAGAGGAGGCCACCAAAGAGACAUAAGCUCUGCUUGCCACUUCUGCCUCCAUAGCAGGCAUUUAAUUAUACUGUCUGCCUGACUAUACUGUACAAUGUAGAAAAUGUUGUUACUUGCAUGUCAAAUCCCCCCUCACCAAUUUUUUUCCCCUAACUCUAUGGUUGCAAACUCCUCCCAUAGUAAUGAGCUUGAUUAAAAAGAACACAACGCAUUGUUGUUUCUCCUCUGCAGAAGCAUGAGUUAAGCCACUCAUUUUUUCAAUGGUCAUCUGGCUUGUUGAGGUCAGGGAAAAUAUAUUCAAAGCAUAUCAUCUGAAUAUUGCUGAUCCCCACCAGGGACAAUCCUUCAGAAACCAUACAGAUUUAAAGAUAAAUGUAAAGGAAUAAUCAUUAAUAAGCACUUUGUGAAGACCACAGCUUUAAUAUUCUCACCUCUCAUCUGACGCUGGAUGUGACAGAGAUAUGUUCAGCUUGAGACUGCCGUCCGAAACAUGGCAAAGUUUCUUAUGAAUCAUGAACUCUGGUUCUGUUUUAUCCAUAGAACAAAUGUGUUCUAGCUGUAUCUCUUUCUCUCCUCCUCUCUCAUUCUCUGUAAUGAUUACUUCAAUGUAAACACAAUUAGUAACACAUAUACCGUAGCAUUAUAAUGGUAAACUCUUGAAAUCAUUUUUUUGGACAAGACUAACUGGGAAGAUAGUAAUAACAAAAAGGCCAAAGAUCACACUAUGGAUCAGGGGAACUGCUAAGUAUUGGGGCUUGGCAUAGAAAACUAAUAUACUCAUACACAUGUACUCAUAACACACCUUCAGUUACAUUUGCACAGCAGCACAUUCUACAAGCCCAGAUGACAAAUUUUUUUCCCGUGCGGUUCAGUUGAAUGCCCAAAGGAAAUGAUCUGGAGUUUUUUAUUGUGAUGACAUGAUAUGUUGCAGCAGAUGUUUCAUGUAUGAUACUGCCAAUUCCAGGGAUUUUAUGAAGUCAAAAUUAAAAAAUAAUAGUAUUGCUAGAAGGCUGUGUUAUUGAGAAUGCUUGGUAGGAUGAAGGUGGACAAUGUGGUGAUACAAUGACAAGAGAAUAUCACAACUCAGAUAUAAAACCUUCUUUUCAGAGUACAAGGAAUGUUUGUUGAGUCUUUUGUCAUCAGUGUUGCAGAUUGAUUUGUAUCAAAACUGUAAUGCAGGUUUUCUUGAAACACAAGUGCAUUAAAGCCAAGUGAAGUGCAAUACUAAACAGUGUCAAGACUCAGAACAUUUAGGCUAGGUAGAAAAUAAACAAUGUGAUAUGAUACUCACCUAGUGGGUCAAGAUGAGUCAGAAGGAAUCCAAACUGCCUACAGUAUGCAAGAGCUCUGGGCAGUUCAGGAAAGAAAGAGGAAAUGAAACAGGUUUUUUGUGCAAUAAAAGCUACAAAAUGUGCAGAACUUAAGCCAGUUUCUCCCUAGAUGAUGCUGCAGUAAUAAUGAUGAACAGCGCAGACAUUCACAUGGAAGUGACAAUUGAAGGACACUGUCUGAGAAGGGGAGAAGUAUUCUAAUCCCUGGCUGUUUCACCUGGCAUUAAAGCAUGGUUAGAUGGCUCUCUAGAUACUGUAUUCAUAAUGUAGCUUUGGGUAGUUUCUUAGAAAUAACCUUAAAAAGCCUAUAGUAGAGGUUGCUAAAUCAAUACAGCUCAUCACAUUUUGAAUUCACUUGUCCAUUUAGUCAGAGAUGCUAUUUCUGGCUGUUCCAUUCUCUCUUAAGUUUACUUUCAUCAUGUAACAUAAGACUGUAUAGCAGUUAUGAUGAAUGGGCACAUUUUAGAAAGAAAAUCAAAGAUUAAUAAUGAUUGAACAUUCAUAUGUUUAAUUAUUUAAGUAAUAUGAAGACAUGCAAACCAGUACUUUGUUAUGAGACUGCAUAGAGCAGUUACUGCUUUGUAUAAUCUGUAAUUACCUGUUUAAAAAUGCUUCUAAAAUGCUUAUGUAAUGUAUACACAUUUUUCUUGCACGUUUCAAAAGAAUACACAAUUGCAUAAUAAACAUUCAACAGAAUUUCCUUUGAUAAUUAUUUUUUUUUUAUUUAAAAUUACACACACAAAAGAAAUAGGUAGCUUGGUUCAAUAUAUUGUUAAACCCUUUGUCUGCGAUGCUAAUAAUUCAGGUCAUAGAAGACCUUCAGAUUAAAUGGAUCAGCAGUCACUCACCGAUUUUCACACCACAUUAAGACAGUCAUUACAUACUUUACCUGUGUGCAUCUCCUUAGAACUAAAAUGGGUGUGAAAGAAUUUUUUUUAAGUUCUAUCUACUGUAAGUAUUCACAACAAUUCUAGUAGAACUAGCCACUAUUAACAUGCUGAUUACUCUUCUGACCUGGCAUGACACACAAAUAUACUUUGUGUUUGUAUUUCUCUUUUUAUUUUAAAUAGGUUAAAUCUGGUGCCACUCCAUAAAUAGAGUGCUUUUGUAUAAAAAUAAAUAAACUAUAAAAAAUAAUUAGGGUGAAUGCAAAAUAUGCAACUGUGCCUUUUAUACCUGUUACUAUGGUAGAGUGGUAUUUGGGUUUAGACACUGAGGGAUAAGGGGCUAUUCCCAAUCUUUUUGAACCUGUAUAUUUACCUGUUUAUUUUCUGAGAAAUUAUAAAUAUAUUUAAAAACAAGUCCUUUGCCAAACUCAGUUAAUGGACCAGUCUUAAACAUUAUUAACACAGUGCUGUGGUUUAAAUAUGUCUUGAGGGUUGUUUUGUUCGGGUUUUUUGUUGUUGUUGUUUUUCCAAAUUAAUCUUUGUGGGGGGCCUGGGAUUGUCUUCAUUUGGUUUUCAAUUCUGCAGCCUGGAGAGCAAUGAUCAGUCUAUACUAUAGUUGUUUAGCAAGGCGUCACCAGUUCAUGUUGCCAGGAAACUUGACAAUUUCUUUUUAAUUGCUUUUUGCUGCCAUUGCAUUUCAGUUGUACAGUAUUGAAAUCAUCCUUUUAUUUCUUUCCAUGGUAAACUCAAAUGACCUUUGCAUGUGUUUUACAUUAGGGCACCUUUAUAGAUUGAUGCAUUAAUAUAUAACUUUAUAUGUAUUAGAAAAUUCAAUAGCUUUGGUCUAAAAUCUAAUGCUCAUUUUGGAUCUCAGAUCCACUAUGUUUAUUCAAUAUGAUUUCUGACUGGCCUGCUGCCUGAGUUUCAGGAAAAAAAAAUUAAAAAAUAAAAAAAUGGUAAACAUUAUUUUUAUGUGGGGGAAGAAUUUAAAUGGGAUUCAGAUGAUUGACUGAAAGUCUACCCUAGGAAGUUGUCGUGUAGGAAAGCAUGGAGUAUAGUUGAAGAUUUGCCAUAAUCACAGCUAUCACCAAACACUUGUAAGAACUUGAACAAUGAAAUACUUUUCCUUUUCUUUCAUUGGUGAAAAAACGUAUAGUGUUUCCUUAAGGAAUGAAGCAGAUGAAAUAGCAAUAGAGAUGAAAUUACAUCAGUUAAGUUGUAUUAUUGACAGAAAAGCAUAAACACAAGAAAGAAGACAAUAUUUACCAGCUACCUGGGGUAUGCUUUCAGACAACUUUUUCCUAAAUUUUAAAGCACUUGCAUUCAGUGUGGUACGAUCUGUUUGUAAUAUUAAUCAUUGACUAUUGUUCUGCAACUUGGAUGUUGAUAGUGAAGCAGAGAACAAUUUAUCAUUGUUUAUUAUGAAUCACUAUGCACGCAACUAUGCUAAACAUGGCAAAAUGUAUUAAACGCUAGUCCACCUCUAUUUAUGAAAUAUUUACAUAAUUUAAUUUGCUUUUGUACAGUUAUAUGUAAAUAAAUUGCUUGUCAUUUUUGUCUCUGCAAAUUAAAAUAUAACAUGUUCAACUGGUUGCCCA